AUGGCAUAUUGCUUCUUAGAUGGAAUUGGCACAGGUAAAAAUGAAAAAGAAUAUUUUGAAUGGACAAAAAAAUAUGCAGAAACCGGCAGCCCCAUGGGAUAUUUCAAAAUUGGAGAGUCCUUUGAAUAUGGGAUUGGCACUAGGGUCGACUUUCAAUCUGCUUUUCGAUGGCACGAAAAAUCAGCGCACGCUAAUAAUCCAUUUGGCCAAUUACAUCUUGCUGCGUUAUACGAUGCGGGAUUAGGCACAGAAAAAAAUCCGUCUUUAGCAUUCGAAUGGAUGAAAAAAGCCGCCACCACAGAAGGAAAUAAUUCAGAAGCACAUUAUUAUCUAGCACUUUAUUAUUUUUCUGCAUUACUCGGAGAUCCUGACGCGGCAUAUUAUCUUGGUAAACUGUAUUUCAAUGGUCAAGGAAUUGAUGUGCAUCAGAAUAAAGCUUUUCGAGCAUGGAUGAAAGCUACUCAUCUUGAAUGUGCUAAACAUCAAUUGGCUGUUUGUUAUGACGAUGGAGAAGAUUACAAUAUUGCACUAUUCUUUUUCUUCAUCCGUUUGACCAAUUCUGAUGCAAAGUCAUACAUGUACAUGUAUUUACGUUUAGCAUUGAUUAUCGCUAGCACAGACGAAUUAGCGUUAGGUUUUGAAAACGCUGCUAAAUUGUUUCCGAAACGAACUGGCAUGCCGGUUUCUGAUUGA